AUGAAAGCAUCUGUGGUGUUCUCCCUUCUUGGCUUCGUGGUAGUGCCAAGUGCUGCUUAUGUUUUGGGCCGUUGCACAGUGGCUAAGAAACUCCGAGAAGGAGGCCUGGAUUAUUUUGAGGGCUACAGCCUUGAAAACUGGGUGUGUCUGGCUUAUUUUGAGAGCAAGUUCAACCCCACGGCUGUCUAUGAAAAUGCACCUGAUGGCUACACAGGCUUUGGCCUCUUUCAGAUCCGCAACGAUGGCUGGUGCGACCAUGGCAAGAACCUCUGCGGCAUGUCAUGCUCUGCGAUGCUGAAUCCGAAUUUAAAGAAGACAAUUGAAUGUGUCAAGAUAAUUGUAAAAGGAAAAGAAGGGAUGGGAGCAUGGCCCACCUGGUCCCGGAACUGCCAGCUCUCCGACACUCUGGGGCGCUGGCUCGACGGUUGCAAGAUGUAG